AUGAGGAGCGGUGAUUAUCCGCGCCAGGAGAAGUUCAAAGGAUUCAAUCUGACAAAAAGAGGGAACACUGAGCAAAAAAGGAACGAAAAGACACGACAUAAACGCCGCCAGUGCAAAAAGACUUCAUCCCAGGAAAUACAUCAGCGACUGAACACGAGGAAGAAACAACAUGAAUGCUCCCAGUGUUUCAAAACAUUUGAAAGCCCUGCCUCUCUUGCAAUUCAUCAACGAAUACACACAGGAGAAAAGCCCCAUCAGUGCAGUACAUGUGGGAAGGCCUUUAGUACAAUGUCUGAUCUCAAGAGACACCAGAGGAUCCAUACUGGGGAAAAGCCUUACAAGUGCUCUGCAUGUGGGAAGGUCUUUAAUCAGUUGUCUGGUCUCAAGAUACACCAGAAGAUCCACACUGGGGAAAAGCCACACCAGUGCAGUACAUGUGGGAAGGUCUUUAGUCGAAUGUCCUCUCUCAAGUCACACCAGAUGAUCCAUACUGGGGGAAAGCCACACCAGUGCAGUACAUGUGGGAAGGCCUUUAGUUCAAUGUCUAAUCUCAAGACACACCAGAGGAUCCAUACUGGGGAAAAGCCACACCAGUGCAGUACAUGUGGGAAGACCUUUAGUCAAUCGUCUGCUCUCAAGACACACAUGAAGAUCCAUACUGGGGAAAAGCCCCAUCAGUGCAGUACAUGUGGGAAGGCCUUUAUUAAAAUAUCUUCUCUCAAGACACACCAGAAGAUUCAUACUGGGGAAAAGCCGUAUCAAUGUACCUUAUGUGGAAAGUAUUUCAGGGAAAGCUCCAACCUAUCCAGACAUCAGAUUACACAUACAGGAGAAAAGCCACAUAAGUGUUUUCAGUGUGGAAAGACCUUCAAUAGAAUGGCUGACCUGAAGAGACACCAGAAGGUCCAUUUAAAUUGA